CUCCGCGUCGCGCUGCACCGCGCACCGCUGCUCAUUAUCAGCAUCAGAUUCAUCUUGAGCGCACACGCAGGGUCAUGAUGCGGCAGCUAAACGUGCUGGUACUCGUGCUGUGGAUGAAGUGUCUGAUGUGCACGGCUGAGUUUGAGCUCACGCUCCUUCACACGAACGAUGUACACGCGCGCGUGGAGGAGACUAACAAAGACUCGGGCAAGUGCACAAAAAGUCCUUGCUUCGCCGGAGUGUCGCGGAGAUUCACGAAAAUCCAAGAAGUUCGCCGCGCGGAGAAAAACGUGCUGCUGCUGGACGCGGGCGAUCAGUUUCAGGGCACCGUAUGGUUUAACUAUUACAAAGGCGCAGAAGCGGCGUAUUUCAUGAAUAGACUCGGAUACGAUGCCAUGGCUAUAGGAAACCAUGAGUUUGACAGCGGUGUGGACGGCCUUGUGAAACCUUUCCUCCAGAAGGUCAACUUCACUGUUCUCAGUGCAAAUAUUAAACCUGAUAUAACCAUCGCUUCUCAGAUCAGCGGCUAUUAUUUUCCAUCCAAGAUCUUCACUGUUAACUCAGAGAAAGUGGGUGUUGUUGGGUACACAUCAGUGGAGACACCUGCACUGUCUUUACCAGGUCCUCAUCUUUCGUUUGAGGAUGAAGUAGCUGCUCUUCAGACUGAAGUGGAUAAACUCACCACGAUGGGUGUUAAUAAAAUCAUUGCGCUUGGACAUUCUGGAUUUAUUGUGGACCAAAAGAUUGCAAAGAAAGUUCGAGGAGUGGAUGUUGUGAUUGGAGGUCACACCAAUACAUUCUUAUACACAGGAACUCAACCCUCCACGGAGGUUCCUGCAGGGCCGUAUCCAUUUAUGGUAAACUCUGAGGACGGCCGUCAGGUCCCUGUGGUCCAGGCCUUUGCUUUUGGAAAGUAUCUGGGAUACCUAAAAGUGACCUUUGAUUCGAAAGGAAAUGUGGUGAAGUCUUCAGGCAAUCCAAUUCUUCUGAAUGAGUCUAUAUUGCCAGAUCCAAGCAUUCAGGCUGAAGUGGAAUCCUGGAAAAGGAAUCUGGCCAAUUACUCUUCACAAGUUGUAGGACAAACCCUAGUGUUUCUCAAUGGAACAUUUGAGGAAUGUCGCUUUCGCGAAUGUAAUUUGGGAAACUUGAUCUGUGACGCCAUGGUCCAUCAUAAUAUUAAAUAUGCAGAUGAAAUGCAGUGGAACCAUGUAAGCUCUUGCAUUGUCAACGCUGGAGGCAUUCGAUCACCGAUUGAUGAGAGAAGCAGGAAUGGUUCAAUCACAAUGGAAGAUCUGAUCUCCGUGUUACCGUUCGGAGGAACUUUUGAUCUGGUUCAGAUAAAUGGAUCUACACUGCGAGAGGUCUUUGAGCACUCGGUCCGCAGGUACGGAGGAAACACCGGCGAGUUUCUACAAGUGUCAGGUUUUCAGCUGGUGUAUGAUUUAUCCAAGCCUUCCGGACAGCGGGUGAAAAGUGCAAAGGUGCUCUGCACCGACUGUCGAGUUCCUCGAUAUGAGCCAAUUAUUCCCCAAAAAGUUUAUAAAAUUGCUAUGCCUUCUUACCUCGUGGAUGGAGGAGACAACUACACCAUGAUCAAACAACAGAUGUUCAAACACGACAGCGGUGACCUGGAUAUAGCAGUUGUUGCCAGUUAUAUCUCCGAGAGGAAGAGAGUUCAUCCAUCUGUGGAGGGUCGUAUUCAGUUUAACUCUGCCGUUGGACAGCGAGGAUAUUGUUCACUUCUUCUUCUGGUGUGGACCCUCUGUCUUCUGUUUGUUUAUUAAAUGAAAUCGUUUUUUUAAAAAGCUCGGGGGAACAACUUGGAUGUGUAGCUACAUGGGCGCCACUAGCAAUUUUGGGCCAUGAGGUUGGGUCCCCUACCACAUAUAUUUUGCAUAAAACAUGUUCAAGACAACCUAGCGAUUCAUAAUUUUGCAGGAAAUGCAGAAACAAGCCAUAAUUUAGUUUUGUUGGUGACUCAUUGGUAGAUAAGAUUUAUAAUUGUUUAUUAAAUUACUGCUUUUAAUCAAAACGAUCCAUGGGGGCCCCAAAAGUGCCCUUAGAAUGGUCCUUCGUGGCGCCCCAUGUAGCCAUAUUUAAUCCAAAUAACAUGCAAACAGAGACUUAAACACUGUGAUGGUUAACUAGUGAAGAUAUACAGCAAUAACUAUACUCACAUUAGGGAAAUACAGGGUUCAUUUUCAUGUGUUUUAAUACAUUUACAUACCUCUUUUAAAAGUUUAGGUGAUUGGUGAACUAUGCUGUACAUUUGUGUAUUUUUUUAUUGUACUAUAUUGUUUGAUUUAAUCAUUGUUUCCAGACGAUUAUAAGUACUGUCUUUACUUUUUUCAUAUUAUGGGUUGGAAUGUGUUUUACUGAAAUUGUCAUGAUGUUAAACAUCUAAAUGAUCUUAAAACAGGCUUGCACAAUAUUCAUUUCUUUGAGAAAUUUGUAUUCAUUAUGUUUCUAAUGCUGAGAAUAAAUGGUGCUGGUGAA